CUGCCUGGGGGUCCGUACGGAGAGACCCUGUCUGUCUCUAUUCAGUGAGGUCUCUUUUUGGGGGGUGGGGGCUGUUCCCCACUCCUCUCCCUGUCAUGGGGUCAUCCCUCCCUGAUGGGAUGAGUAGAUGAUGCUCCCCGUGGACUCUCUCAACUUUCGGGCCCCGGCCGUGCGUCGCGAUCCCGUGGCCGUGCGGACGGCAGCAGACCCGCGGUGGCGCGCAGGUUUGCUCCGUCGCAGCUUGGCGCGAGGUUGGGGUGUCAAAGAUGCUUGGGCACUCGGCGUGGUAGGGCGCGUUUCGGGCUCCUUCCAUUCAUUUCCUCUCGCGCUGUCGUCACGUACAGUCGCCGGACUUGUCUAAAUUCGGUUGAUGACCUCGUGCCUGAAUGAGUUAGAAAAAGUGGCUCUGAAAGUGACGUUGUGAGGCUGAAGAAUCGACCCCCUUUUGAGAUGACUAGCGGUGAUUCUCGCCUUCCCGAGAGAUGCAGUUUGAGGCCGUCUGCAGGCAGGCGGAGACUGCGUCAACUCUCCAUCAGUUUACAGUAGCUCAGGAGCAGGAGGCUCUUUGUAGGUGUAAGGCCUAGGACUGGUCUCCUGAGAGCGAGCGAGAGAGCUCCUGAAAGGUGCAGAGCCACAUGGUGCUGGGACUUCAAGCAGACCAGAUCAGCCCACAGGUUGUGUUGGGUUCCUUGAUGCGGACCCCAAAAGUGGCAUGGGUAGCUGGAAAAAUCAGAGCCUGAUCCAAGGCCUUUGCCUUGUGUCCAGCUUUGAGAUUGGAGGCUACCAGAAAUCAAAGCACCUGAGAGAGCUCCACCUGCCAACCUGUCUGACAUGUCGGGACCCGUGCCAAGCAGGGCCAGAGUUUACACUGAUGUAAACACACACAGACCCCGGGAAUACUGGGACUAUGAGUCGCAUGUUGUCGAAUGGGGAAAUCAAGAUGACUAUCAGCUAGUUCGGAAAUUAGGCCGAGGCAAAUACAGCGAAGUGUUUGAAGCCAUCAACAUCACAAAUAAUGAAAAAGUAGUCGUUAAAAUCCUCAAGCCUGUAAAAAAGAAGAAAAUCAAGCGUGAAAUCAAGAUCUUGGAAAACUUGCGAGGUGGUCCCAAUAUCAUCACCCUUGCAGACAUAGUAAAAGACCCUGUGUCCCGGACCCCUGCUUUGGUUUUUGAACACGUAAACAACACAGACUUUAAGCAAUUAUACCAGACGUUAACAGACUAUGACAUUAGAUUCUACAUGUAUGAGAUUUUGAAGGCCCUGGAUUACUGUCAUAGCAUGGGGAUCAUGCACAGAGAUGUCAAGCCUCACAAUGUCAUGAUUGACCAUGAGCACAGAAAGCUCAGGCUAAUAGACUGGGGUUUGGCUGAAUUCUAUCAUCCUGGUCAGGAGUAUAAUGUCAGAGUGGCUUCCCGGUAUUUCAAAGGACCUGAACUCCUUGUAGAUUAUCAGAUGUAUGAUUACAGUCUGGAUAUGUGGAGCUUGGGUUGUAUGCUGGCCAGUAUGAUCUUUCGAAAGGAGCCAUUUUUCCAUGGCCAUGACAACUACGAUCAGUUGGUGAGGAUAGCCAAGGUGCUGGGGACAGAAGACCUGUAUGACUACAUCGACAAAUACAACAUUGAGCUGGAUCCACGUUUCAAUGACAUCUUGGGCAGGCAUUCCCGUAAGCGAUGGGAGCGCUUUGUUCACAGUGAGAAUCAGCACUUGGUGAGCCCAGAAGCUCUGGAUUUCUUAGACAAGCUGCUGCGGUAUGACCACCAGUCACGACUGACAGCUAGAGAAGCCAUGGAACACCCUUACUUCUAUCCCAUCGUGAAGGACCAGGCUCGGAUGGGCUCGUCCAGCAUGCCGGGAGGCAGCACUCCUGUCAGCAGUGCCAGUAUGAUGUCAGGGAUCUCUUCAGUGCCAACACCUUCGCCCCUUGGACCCUUAGCAGGCUCGCCAGUGAUUUCUGCCACCAACACCCUGGGGAUGCCAGUUCCAGCUGCCGCAGGAGCUCAGCAGUAGUGAUGGUUUUUUGUCUCCUGAUGCCUGAGUUGAGUCAGGUGGGGAAGAGGUUUUCCCCUCCACCUCUCCCCAGGACGCAGCUCGCGCCUGGCCGGGGAAGAGGAGGGGUUGGACCGCUUCGGAGGCACUGUGUCUGAACAGUUGCUUGUGGAUUUAUAGUAGUUCAGUCAUUAUAUAAAAAAAAUUAUUAUAGGCUGUUUUUUUUUUUUUUUUUUUUUUUUUUUUUUUUUUUUACUUGAACUUUUCGUAACUCAGGGGAAUCCCUGAAAAUACCUGAAGAAGGAAUAUUUCUCGGACAGUUUUUUGUUUGUUUGGUUUUUUUUUUUGUUGGGUUUUUUUUUUCCCCACCCCCCACCCCAGACUCCUCCUCAUCGAGAAUAAAGAUGAAUCAACUGCGUUUCCAGGCCGUUGCAUCCUGCUGGAAAUCUCUUCUCUUCAUAGUCCCACCAUUAUUCCUCCACCAGCCUACACCAUGGGGGGAUUCUCCUGUGCUUUUCUCCGGAGGCUACCAAGCCAAGUUUUGACAAGGCCGGGGGAGGUGGGUUUCUUAAAGUACCGAUCACUUUAACACCAUAUUCUACAUAUGACUCAACUGGGGUACGUUGAGGAGACAACUUCAGUUCGUAGCAAUGGUCAAAGUGUAUAAGUGCAGAUAAGGCUUCAAACCCUAUUCUGUCCCGUGUGAAUUAUGUCUCCCUAGGAGCUAACCAGAAUGCCAACUCACUCCCUUGCAUGUAAUUUUAGUCUUAAGCAUAACGUUACGGAUCCAGUGGAAGUCCUUGCCAUCUCCCAGUAAAGGUGCUCUAGAAGGGGGAAGCUGUACCCUCCUCUGUACCUUCCCCCCCACAUAGGGUUCUUCCUGCCAGCUGCUUGGCUUGGAAGUCUAGCAUUUAUUUGUUACUGGGUAUAUUGUUUUUAAAUGGCUUAUGCAGAUUUCAGGCUGGUGGCUAGUUAAAGAGCUGGGAAGAUCAGACUGCGCCAAGUCAGAUACUGUCUUCACCCACCACCCUCUCCCUCACGUGCCAUGUGGUGAGAAUACCGGUUACCUCAGUCUUGUAAAUAUGCACUGAGAGGAAGGAGCGAGCAGACUCUAACUUAAACUGAAAUGGUAGACCUGUAAUUGUGGACAGAUAUUACCGUUAACGAGUAACAGGAAAAAACAAAACAAAAAGGCACCCUUGUUCCAGCCCUGCUACCCCUUGCUGUGUAUAUAUACUUUGUCCUUCAUUGUGAAAGAGCCAGUGUUGGAAUUCUUUGGUGUAAAUAAACAUUUGGUUUUAUUUAUCAAGGUUAGAUUUAAGUUCCCUGUGUAGAGGUCUCGCUGGGUUGGUGUUGCACACUUCCACGCAGGGGCGGCCUUCCACCCUGCACGCGUGGGGUGAGGCCACCUCCCUACUCACACGCACCUUUGUACGAUGUGUUGUAGUGAGCAGUGCAGAGAAGCCUUAUAGAAGCAUCACAAGCCAAAGUAUCUCCUGGGAUAAGGAUCCUUUGCCAUAAAACUCCUUUCGUGUCUCAGCCAGGCUGGGAUUGGGGACGGAGAAUCGCGUCCCCGUUUUUCUUUCUUGUGCAUUGCUGUUCACUGAAAUCAAACCACUUCAGCUGGCCGGGUGCUGUACUGGAGAGACUUUGUUAAGCACAAUGGCACCCAUCACUUCUGGACUCCUCUCCUGCCCUCAGGCCGUUGCAGCCGCUGCGUGUUCUGGGCAUCGAGCGCACUUCCAGUUCCCACCACAAAACCUGAAGUUUUGGUGUCCCACUCCCGCUUUGUCUUCUGAGCAUCUGUCCCUUGAGUUUCAUCUUUUGUGGGGGCUGUUCCCUUGUCUUUCUUCGUUGCUUCAAUUAAUUCUGCAAGGUAGGACAGCUGAGUGUACAGGCUGGAUUCCACCAAGGUGAGAGAAACCGGACGGCAUGGAACCCAGAGCCCGCUUUCCACAGGGACCACCUAACUGGAGCGAUGAAUUGUAAACUGCAUACCAGGGUAGCUUUCUUCUCCAUGACUUCAUCCGGUGGAAAUUUAUUGUAGUGAAAACCCUCUUUUACCCUAGAAUGAUGUGAAAGUUGGACCAUGUUGACUGUUUCCUUGAUGUGCAGUAGCUUGGGAGCACCGCGCCUGGCAGAGACGGCAGGCAGUAGUUUUGCACUCGGUUGUGAGCUACACAGGACACUUCACCGAUUUUAUUUUUUGCAUUGAAAGCGAGGGAGCAGGGUUGCAUAUCCAAGUCCUCGGCUUCCUCCCAGCUGAAACAAUAACGGAUAAGUCUGGAUCAAUGCU